AUGAAAUGGUGGUUCCUCUACGGCGCCGGCAUUGAAUCCCUGCUCGUCGUCUGCGCUCCCUCCCGCAUCUUCGCCCACGUGCCCCUGUGGACGCUCUUGGCCACGUUCAAUCUCGUCUAUGCUGUUUCCUCUACCUCAUGGCUACUGCAUGCUCUGUUUGCUGCUGCUUGCUAUCCCCUCAUCCUUUUCACUGCUCUCUUUGAGUAUCCUGUUUUGUCGGCCCAGGCGCGCAAAUGGCUUCGCAAGGGGUUGCUUGGCUUGCAUUUCACCAAGGACACUAUCGCGUUGUUUAAUCUGCCUGCAUUGGAGAUUGACACUGAUGUGUCGGGAUUGUUCGUCGUGCGGGGAUUGUCCAUUUCAUUUUCAAGUCUGCGCAUCGUGGCGCAUGGAGUGGAGCUUGGCCUACUUCUCACCAACGACAUCGAGUUGGCUCUCUACACCGAUGAAGUGGACAUUCGUCUCUUCCGCCGAAUCGACAUCGGUGAGGUGUUUGGCAGCAUCAAAGGCGGUAAAGAUGAAAUGACCUUUGGUGACAUGGAGGCAUCCAAAACGGACGACAACGACUCGAUGUUCCAGGCCGACACCGCCUUUCUGCAGGCCGCUGGACAUCGUUCCCGCCCGAACCUCAGUCAAAUGAAAAGUCAUAUGACGGGUGGUUCGUACAUGAGGGACUCUUCCGUUAAGCAGACCCUCAACGACGUCACCACCGUCAAUCCUGCGGAUGCCAAAGCAGAUGAGCAGUACGAGGACAUGUUGAAGCAGAUCCGAACCGGCAGUGCCAUCUAUGAAGCUCGCCAGCACAUUCAAAAUACCUGGACUGGCAGUGACAAUGAUGAGCGGGCUCUCGUUUGCGCACACCUUCAAAAAGUCCCUUCAGUCCCCCACCCCGCAUCACAGUCCAUCCGCGUCACAACUCUCCAACAAAUCUCUCCACCUUGGCUACGUCGCUUCCUCCAUCGCUUACCCUUCUUGCUCCGACUCUUGCUCAUGCCGCUAAGCCACCUGCACCCCAUCCGCAUCAGCUCCAUUUGCAUCGCCGGCUCAGGCGGUUGGAUGACCAACGUCCUCCAAGAGCACCUCUUCAAGCACCACGGCUCGGAGGACUCGCAAAUCCGCAAACUGCAACAAAAAGUCUCCUCCUACCUCGCCUCCGCCAACCUCUGCCUGCAGCUCACCGAAGUCGACGCCAUCGGGCAAGUCCCGCUGAGCGCCGCUUUCGACAUCAAUAACUACCUGCAAUUCAACGACAUCAACGCCCACCGCAUCGAGCCCGACACCGACACGGUGGAAUCCAUCAUCCGCCUAGGCGGGGCCGACGCCUCCGUCUCCGUCCCCUCUUUCCUCCUCCCGCAUCACGAGCAUCUCCUCCCCGCUCGGCCCGACAUGCGCGACCUACAAGAUCAACAAGAAGAAGCCGAUCUCGCCGACGGCAAGCCCAAGACCGUGCAAGCGGAAAAGGAACUCAAGAAAAUGAAGCAGGACGAAGUGGACAUCCACAUCAGCGUGCACGUCCGCCUGCCCGCAUGGUUCGACCAGUCGCUGCUCAACUUCAUCGCCGCGCUCGUGAAAGCGAGCAAAGUCAUCGACAUGGAGACGGCGAGCAAAGACGAGGAAGCCGAGCUAGAAACCGACAGCAAAUCGGCCGCGACGUCCAGUUCCAACGAAGACGCCGCCGCCCCGCGCACCCCCACGACGUUCAAAUCCUUCGCCAGCGGCCUGCGGCAGGACAUGAAAGACGGGCGCACGGGGGAGAGUCUGAAAGACCUGGCGCGCGAAUUGCGGCACACGACCAAGGAAGGGAUGAAGAAGGCUGCCGUGCAGGGGCUGGUGAAUGACGGGUGGAUUGCGAAGAUGGUCGGCAAGAUUGCCGCGAAGCUGGAGCAGGCGCAGGGCGACGUGGGAUAUUCUGGCCCGCUGUCGAUUCCGCUCGAGCCGUAUCGGCUGCUUGCGGAGCCGGCGUCGAAGUUGUUGCCGUGA